AUGAGAGCCGUAGUCCUGUGUGUGCUGCUGCUGGCAGUGCUGUCUGCAAGCACUGAAGCCCAAGGUGAUAUGAAGGUGGUGAAGCUGUGCGGUAGGGAGUUUAUCAGGGCUGUUAUCUACAACUGUGGAGGCUCUAGGUGGAGAAGACUUCUGGAUGAACAAGACUUGACAGGUGUGGGCAGUGAGGCUGUGCUUCCAUCUGGCAAUGGAAUUCCGGAGUGCAGUGACCCCCAGACUUACAACUCCCAGAGGCAGGGAACAGACAGCAAGGAACCCCUGAACUACAGAACACAGGCUGAGCUUUCCCCCAGAGCCAGGAGGGACCUGAACCAGCUUCUCACCACAGCCUGCUGCCAAUGGGGCUGCAACAAGAAAGACUUGAGCUCUCUCUGCUAA